AUGGUACUUUCUAUUAAAAAUAAUAUUUUGCUGUCAUUUCUUCUCAUAUCUACUCUACUUCAGACUUUUGUCAAAGCAGCAACCUCCACAUGCAAUCCACUAUUCACCACUAAUUGUCCCCCCGAUAAAGCAUUAGCUACUGGUUUCAUCGAAGAUUUCACAAAACAAUCUGAUUCCAAGUGGUUCAGUAGAGUAAGUAGCAGCCAGGGAAAGGUAACUUUUGACUCCACUAAUGGUCUAGGUCUAAUCCUUGCCAAAAGAGGUGACAACCCAUCCUACGAUUCCAAUUUCUAUAUCAUGUACGGUAAAGUUCAGGUAUUAAUGCAGACUGCUCCAGGUGUUGGUAUCGUGUCAUCCUUUUUCUUACAGAGUGACGACGGGGAUGAAAUCGAUCUUGAAUGGUUAGGAGGUGACACCACUCAAUUCCAAUCAAACUAUUUCUCGAAGGGAAAUGUCACUACUUAUGAUAGAGGUGAAUUUCACGGAGUGCAAACACCUGCUCAAAUGUUCCAUAACUAUACCAUUGACUGGUCAAUGGAACAGACUACUUGGUCGCUUGAUGGUACCGUGGUGAGAACUCUGCUUAAUACCACAUCUCAAGGGUACCCACAAACUCCAAUGUCAAUCAAAUUCGGUAUCUGGGCUGGUGGUGAUCCAUCUAAUGCCCCAGGAACCAUCGAAUGGGCCGGUGGUAUCACAGAUUACUCUGCUGGUCCAUUCACCAUGUAUGUUAAACAAAUUAUUGUCACUGAUUAUUCUACUGGUGAAAGUUAUUCAUACGAUGGGACCUCUGGUUCAUGGGAAUCAAUUGUUGCCAAAGAUGGGAAGGUUAAUGGUCGUUAUUCUGAGGCUCAAACUGAAUUUAAUGAAUUGGCUGCAGGUGUAAGUCUUUCAUACAGUUCUUCUUCUUCUUCUUCUACUGCUUCUUCUUCUACUGCUUCUUCUUCUACUGCUUCUUCUUCUUCUUCUUCUUCCACCUCUUUAUCAUCCUCAACAGUUUCCCAAACACAUAUUUCCUCUUCUGUUUCUUCUUCUACAUCUUCUUCUGCAUCUUCUACAUCUUCUUUGUCUCAUACUUCUUCAACCGUUUCCCGAACACAUGGUUCCUCUUCUAUUUUAUCAUCAUUAUUAACAUCUUCUUCUUCCAAGCCCUCUUCAUCUACUACUAAAUCCAUAAAUCCACCACAUGAAACAAUAGCUACCACUUUGUCUUCCUCUUCUCCCUCUUCAAAAGAUACAACUCAAAAAACUUCACCCACCACUACCGCUAGCUCCAAAUCUGUCUCUACAUCAAAAGAACUUUCGUAUACAGUAAGCACACAUUCAGGUAAUAUUGGUUCCAAUUUAUCUAGUCCAAUCUUUAAUGUUUGUCUACUAAUUCUAUCUUUCUUCAUGCAUUAA